AUGGCAAUCCCGCAGGACUUUAUUUACCAAAGGUACGAGGAUGACGCCAGCUAUACUAUUCUCACGAGUGACUUGGCCUUGACGGCGGACUUGAUUGAUCCCAAGAGGAACUGUGUCAUCUACGCCGAUAUCCUUACUUUAGACUCCAGCAAAGGGAAUCUGGUCUUUCCCGGGCGCAAUGUUACUUUCUGCUGUCGGUCAUUGAAUCCGAAUGGCACAACUAUCAGCACUCAGCCCCAAGACCCUCAGAACCCGGCGCCGUCGCCAAAGCCUCGAACCAGCGAUGAUCCGGCUGUGAACAAGGGUAACCCGAAUGGGCUCAAUGGAGACCCAAUAGCAGAAGAGGAUUUUGGCCACCCGGGAGGAAAUAUCACGAUCUUAGCCGGUAGCAUUGAGCAGCCGCUUACCCUGAACAGCACGGGAGGAAAGGGCCGCGAUGGACAGCAGGGCGGGGAUGCCGGACAAGGAGCCGAUGGCGGCAAUGGCCGGGACGAUGAACCACAAAGCUCUGGACAUUUCCAGUCCCCGAGUGGCACGAAUCCCGGGAGUCCAGGGGGCGGUGGUAGAGCAGGGGGGAAUGGGGGCAACGGCGGGAGACCCGGAUACGGAGGAGACGCGGGCACUAUCUCCGUCUUUACUGUCACCGAACCCCGGGAUGUUGCUGCGACAGCAGUUGGAGGCAAAGCGGGUAAGCCAGGAAAACCAGGCUCUGGGGCGAGAGGAGGGAGAGGGGGACAUGGGGGAAGGCACGGUCACUGGAGGAUAGAUCACCACGGACACGGGGCCUCCACCAUGGAGUUCGUGUAUAACGGCAACUAUCCCGAUGGCCCUGAUGGAGCGCACGGCCAGGAUGGCCAGGUUGUCCCCGGCCAGGAUGGAAAUAAGGCUACCGUGACGAUCCAGCCAAUGGACAAUAUUCAGGCGACGAUUGGGGCCGAUAGUCUGUUGUUCGCUCACCUCCAGCUGAUGAUGCAGGUAGUCAAAGUCCACUAUCUCGACCGUGACUUUCAGCGGGCUAAGAAUGUCCUGGCUUGGAUAUUUGGGCUCACGGCUGGCCGGGAUAAAGCUGACCAUGCUGCCAAGUGGGAGGGCUUGCACCGUCAAGCGGGGACAUAUCUGUCACGACUGGCCCGAGGACUCGACUUCUUCGGCAACGCAGCCAACUUUGUCCCUCUCGCGUCCUUUAGUCUGUACUGUUCCACCGUCACACCGAUGUUAACGCUCGGAGGAACGGUACAAACUGUGUUCGACACUUACACGCAGUAUUUGAAAGAUCAGACAGCUUACUGCCUUCUGUAUAUUGCUGGGCGCGUAUAUUAUUACAGGUCUCUAUUAUUCCGCCUUGCUCUAUAUAUUUAA